AUGGCGGCACCUUUUCGAUAUUUGCUGCUGUUUACAGGCUUCUCCGCUUGCGCUCAAUUUGAUUCGGGUGCGCUUGCGGCAUUCGUGGACUUCCUCCAUAAGACUCUCGGUUUCAGCACAGAGGAUAUCGGCUACAUCAAUGCGAUGGAGUACGUGCUCCUGCCCAUCGCCUCCCCGUUGAUUCCCUGCCUCCUGAAGUGCUUGAAAGUGAAGAUCGUUCUCUUGAUCUGUCUGGUCGGCAACAUGCUCGGCGUCUUUGGCCUGGUGAUGGGCCCGAAGAUGCACGAGUCUGGCGAUUCCGCCUUCACUCUCUUUGUCCUUUCGCGGGCUAUCUCCGGGAUCUGCCACGCCGGGAUCGCCGUGUACGGAAGCGUCUGGGUGGAUCUGCACGCGCCGAAGGAUCAGGCGGCAUCCUGGCUUGGUGCCAUGCAGGCCAGCUCCCUAGUCGGCCUCGUCAUCGGCUACACUGUCGCAGGCUACUCGGAGGACUGGGUGACGGUCUUCUGCGUGAACCUGGCGUGGUUUGGGGCAACGUUUGUUUGCCUCGCGUGUGCUGCCUCGGAGUUCAUCGGCAACGCCACUUCACCGGGUGGACUCGGACACGGAUCGAGCGGAUCUCGGGUGCGGCUCUCCUUCGUUUCGGUCCCGUCCGGAAGCUUCGUGGACCAAGCGGACUGGGCAGACGCAAGAGAAGUUGAGCUGACAGAGGAGCCGGAGGUCAGCUUGAUGUCAAGGCAACGUCCUCCUGCAAGCGCCUCCCAGCAGAACGUUCAGAACCUUCCAGUCUAUGCCUUGAUGGCCUUCUGCGUGUCUUCGCUGUUCUUUGUGUCUGGUGGCCUGCAGUUCUGGGCGACGCCCUACAUGGAACAGAUACGCCUCAAGGAGCUCCGCGAGGUCGGGCUUGGGUCUGAAGGCGCGGCGUGUGCCCAGGUGCACAGCCUCGUGGUCACGCUGGUGGCCGUCAUCACCCUUACGGCUCCAACCUUUGGGGUCUUCUUGGGGGGAGGUGCCGUCGACAGCAUCGGGGGCUACAAGGGAGCGGCAGGGCGAUCCACGCUGAAGUUGCUCGCCGCAGGUGCUCUUUUGGCCAUGGUCUUUGGCGUCACGGCCUGCUUCUCGACGAACUUCUGGCUGGCAGUUUCCACCUUUUGGGUCUUCAACAUGCUGGGUGCCUCGCUGCUGCCGGGGGCCUUUGGCUUGAUGCUGGCUUCGGUGCGGUCCGAGAAGACCUCAGCUGCAUCGGCCAUCGCCCAGAUCCCGAUCAACCUGCUGGGUAUGGCUGGAGGAGCUUACAUUCCCGGAUGGCUCACGGGCUGCAAAGAGGACACUUCCCAUCAGGGUGGCACAGGUCCCAGCUGCGAUGCAGAUUGCGACUAUGCCUUGGGGCUGCGGUCGCUCCUCCUGGGCCCCGUCUUCGGCUUCCUCUGUCUCAUCCUGUCUCUGCUCCUCUACCGCAGCCCAAGCGAGAGCCAAGAGACAGACACCCAAGAACUCACCCUGCAAGCUUCCCGACGCCGCCUGGUUCUACUUCAGACGUACUCCUCAUGGCUGCCACACAUCAACUUGGAUUUGAUGACCUAUCUGGUUCAAGCCUGUUCUCAGCUGUCUCCCCACACUCCUUUCCACAUAGAGUCUCCGCUCAUGACCUGCGGCGGCGCUCGACUUGCUGCUCUGGCUGGAACCAGUGCAGGCUGGAUCACUCUGAGGCCCGUGGGGCCCGCGGGCGUGGCAGGGUAUCUGAAUCUGGACCGACGAGAGAAGCGCGGAGCUUCCCAAGUUGCUUCGUGCAGCACCUGGACGAAGAACUUGCUUUUUCUGCCUCCGUCGGGUUUCUGGGCUGAUGACGACUGGUACGACCUGCAGAUGGCGCGGCGCUUGCCCCUCUGCCAAGACUGCCUGCGCGAGUUCGUGUACGCCCUGCCGCCGCUCUCUGGAAAGCGUGUCGUGGACUUGGGAGCUGGAACCGGGCGGUCUGCAGCAGCGGUAGCCGCAGCAUAUCCCCGGGCGCACUUCACUCUCAUCGACCCUGACGAGGGUCGCCUGAGAACAGCACUGAUCAAGCUGCGCCGGGCAGCAGAGGCUUCGGCAGUGUCGUCGUCGGAGGUGCCGGAAGCGCACCUCGUUGUCUCGGCAGUGUCCUGUGGAGAGCCGCUGCCGGGUCUCCCAGAAGGCAGUGUGUCGGGCUACGACUGCGUGCUCGCACUCCAAGCCGUGCGGCACAUCGUCGCCCCUGCGGCCCACUACGCCGAGAAGCACGGGCUUGCGACGGCCGCAGGAGCCGAGCAGAUCCGCUCCGGUUACACCAAAGUCUUUGAGGGGAUCUAUUCGAGUUUGGUGCCUGGUGGCCAUGUCUUUCUGGGUGACCGUGUUGCACACGGCCAUCCCGGCGUCUACGAGCACUGCAGGCUGCUGGAGGAUGCCGGUUUCCUCGAGAUUGACAUCGCUUGGAGGCAAGACGAUUGGUUUGUCAUAGGCGCUCGCCGCCCACCCAUUUGA